UAAACAAACCGGACGUAACAACAGUACUCUUGUGCGAGUUUGAGUGUUCUGUCUUCCCGUCCCGAUCAGAUUGGAUGGAUGGCGAUGGACAGCAGCUGGUGGUGAAAUAAGGACAAAGAGCACGAAGACUGGUGAAGUGUUGUUUUUUUUCGGCGGCUGUCGCGCUCUCGUGUGUUGAGUUUAAGUGGGUAAGCAGACAGAUUAGCUAGUAGCAGCUGUGAUUGACUGGCGAUCGAAGUGUUACCGCUCGUGGCUAGCACGUAUUAGUAUAGUUCUGCUUACUGGUUAUCACCAGGCAGAAGAAGAUUAGUCAUCAUUGAAGUUUACCUAGAGAGAUAUUCCCGAUUGAACGGGGUUUUGAUUGCAUUCCAGUGCGGGUGGUGAUACGUUUUCAUUUGACCAGCGGAAGCUAUACUUUUCAGUAACUACGAAUAUUUUUUUCCAGAGUGUGAUUUUCUGCGUCGUCGUCUUUUGGUGGAUUAUUAUAUUGCCAUUCAUCAAGCCAAUUAAAUCGCGGACGAGCAAAGAAUCAUGGAUAUCUUUGUACCGAUUGCGAUCUGCUUUGCGGUGUUUGUAUUGUUUUCCCUGUGCGGAAUGUGCUGCAGGAGAAACCGUGACCAGGGUGCCAUAAUAGCGAGACCUGUUGUUAUCACCUCGACCCAGCAUCAUGUAGGACCCUACCCAGUGUCGCAAACUGGUGCAACAGCGACCGUGGUACCUACAGCAGUGGGACCAGCUGUCGUACAACAGUUUUAUCCCACUCAGCAGCCACACGCAGCUAGUUUCAACACAACCGUCACAGUUUAUCCUACUCAGCAGCCGCUCUACCCCACUCAAGGCCCGCCACCGAUGCAGCAGCAGCAGCUCCAGCAAAUGCCAAUGCCGAUGCCCGGCAGCGCUCCGCCAGUAAUGACAAUGCCUUCGGUGCCGGCACAGUCGACGAUUAAUCCACCCAGCUACAACGAAGCCGUUUCCGAAAGUUACGCCAAACAGGCUCCCUACAAUCCACACUUUUCCGGUCAGUAAUCCGUUAAAUAGUCACACUUCUUGUUGAUGAACGCGCUGGAGAACGUUUGAUUCGAGAUUGAAACAGGACCAAUUUUUGACUGGACAUACAGAAGUCGUAGUAGAGAUUGUGUGAGUGAUGGGAAUUUGUCGUAUUAUUAAGAAUGACUAUUAUUAAGAAUGACUAAUUCUCGCAGAAGACAAACUAUUCAAUCGUUAAUCUAUGGCUCCAUAUUUACACUAUGAUAAAGUUUUGUUUUUCAAUCGGUUUGUGAUGAAACAUGUAUUUGAAGAUAAAAAAAAUAUUAGGUUUAAAAAGAUUGAGAUUCACUAGUCCGUUGACAUGUCAACGACGAAAAUGCCAUGUAUGAUACCAACAGUUAAGUAACAUUAACCAUCGACCGUAGUGAAAGCUAAAUCCAGUUUUUUUGUUCAAUAUGUUAGGCUAUGAUAGUAUAAGAAAUAUACAAUUAUAUAUUUGCUAGAAA